AUGUCAGCCCCACCUCAAUACACCGACAACCCUCAAGCAGGACCCCUACCACCCAAGAAAUCGUACGGCGCUGCCCCCACCGACGGCGAUGUCGAAGCUACUGAACCAUUACUGGCCACUGCCCAAGCAUCCACAUCUGCUCAAAGAACCGGGAACGCAUGGAUGGAUGAAGGUUCGUCAGACGAUUUCAAAGUCGGUGUGAACGUCAUCGACUGCGAUACCGAAAUUAGAUUAGCUUUCAUCCGAAAAGUCUAUUCGAUCUUAUUCCUCCAACUCCUCUUAACCUCUGUGGUAUCCUUGGGAAUGUCUUAUCCCAAAGUAUCAGAGUUUACCAAACAGAACAGCUGGAUUAUCUGGAUCCCCUUGAUUGGAAGUAUGGUUUCGUUGUUUAUGGUAUAUUGGAAAAGACAUCAUCACCCUGCGAACUUGAUCUUACUUGGUAUUUUUACGCUUUUCGAAGCGAUGUCAAUUGGGUUCGUGACUAGUAUGGUAGAGGGUAGAAUUGUCCUUCAAGCUCUGUUCCUCACGUUAGGUGUAUUUGCCGGACUGACCCUUUUCACCUUCCAAACUAAAUUCGACUUCUCCUCCCUCGCACCAUUCCUCUUCGUAGGUAUCUGGGGACUCAUCACCGCAUCCCUCGUCCAGAUCUUCCUCCCAUUCAACGCAAAUGUCGAUUUGGGCAUCGCAUGCUUUUCCACCCUCUUAUUUGCCGGCUUCGUUUUGUACGAUACUCAACAGAUCAUGAAGCGACUUUCGGUAGAUGAAGCUAUCUUGGGUGCUUUGACUUUGUACUUGGAUUUCUUGAACUUGUUCUUGAGCAUCUUGAGAAUCAACAACCGUUAA